AAGCUUUGGUGUUUUGCCUCAAGAGAGCGUUUGGAAGUUGUUUUUUCAAGAGAAACUCAGGAACGUUUUAAAAAUGGUUGGUGGCCGGAAAGAACUUAUGGAAUAUCUUGAAAACUUGGGAAUCACUUCAGAAACGGUGGAACAUCCUGCAGUUUUCACCGUGGAGGCCAUGAUGCCGUAUGUCGGCCAUCUUUCAGGAGCGCUCAGCAAGAACCUUUUUCUAAAGGACAAGAAGAAAAAACGCUUGUGGCUUUUCACGGCUUUGGCAACUCGCGAGAUCAACUUGAACGAUCUUGCUAAAAAAGUCGGAGCAGGUGGAGGAUUUCGGUUUGCGGACGAAGCAGUAAUGUUGGAAAAACUUGGUGUCGGACAGGGUUGCGUGACGCCCUUAUCCCUGUUCAACGACAGCCAACAAGAAGUCACGUUUUUGCUGGACGCAAGUUUUGUGGAGGAUAAUCACGAGAAAGUGAACUUCCAUCCGAUGACUAACGAGGCUACAAUUGGCAUGAAACCCGAAGAUUUCAUCAAAUUUGUCAAAGCAACUGGGCAUGACCCAGUCAUUGUGCACUUCUAGGAUCGUUGUUAAAUUACAGCUGUAACGGGAACAUUGCUUGUGGACACGAGUGUGAAUUGUGUUCAAAAUUUGCUUGAAAUUUGUCACUAGCAUACAAAAGUUACGCAAUCCAAGUAUUAUGCAGGGACACUUGGGUAUCUGAACCAUGGGGUAUUCCCUCUCUUCCAGCAUAGUCCUUAGCAUGGGUCGGGUCAUAAAAAUUGGCAAAAGACAAUUUCUUUCCUUUGUUAAUUAUUAUUUCUAUUUCCCAGGGCCCAGUUAUUCAAAGAGAGGAUAAUGCUAUCCAUCAGAUAACUCACUAUCCUGGGAAUAAGAGUAAACAGAACGUACUGCACUAUCCACUGUAUAGAGAUUUAUUCAGUGGAUAGCAUUAUCCAUUCCUCUAACAACCAACAAAGAUGACUAGUGAGAUAUCGAUUCACCCUGCAGGUUAUACUGAGAAAGAGGGAUUUCAAGUAAUCUAUGUGUAAAUUAGAGUUCUUCUAUUAAGGAAAUGUACUCACAUCAGUGGCAUCUUGGUUUUUAAGUUGAAAUCCAGAAAGAAUACCUCUGUGCAUCUUUCACUCCCAACCCCCACCC